AUAUCUCAGGCCUCUCCUUCUUCUUCUGUGACCAUCACUGCGGAACAUCUUGCUCAACAGAACCAUCAUGGACCUAGGCAGACCCAUUGACGUUCAUCCCGAUACCGACACGAUGUCGUCUCACAGCGAAACCCACGUCUCUCAGGGAGGUAGCAAACCUCUCCCGACCCUCCCACUUGUUCAUCCUUCCACCGACCUCAAUCCCAACGCGGUGCCCUCGGCCACGAUCGAUCCCGACAAGCCUUCUUCUGAAUCCAGCCCUACCGCUCUGCCCACCAAUCCAAACACCAACCCCACAGAACAGGCAAAGGCCAUGAAGGAAGAACAUCCCGCAGUGGUGAAUCGUGAGAUUGAAAAGACCAAAGCUGCGGAGAGGGAGGUUAAGGGUGAGAGACCACUGGGGACAAUGGUGCGUGGUUUGGAGGAUGAUCGACUUUGGGCCAUGUUGAGGGCAUUUGACAGAGACAUCACCCAUGUUCUCCACCCAGCAACACAUCUGCCGCCUAGCGAACCUGAUCUACGAGUGUCCACCCUGCCCAACUUACCCUCGCAUUCCGAAACGAUCAAACGUAAUGCGGAAAGGGUAUUUGCAGCCAUUGGCCCUUCGUCUGUCCGUGGGGCCAGGGAGGUACAGCGACUCAUGUCCUGGUCUCCUGAGGAGAGAUGGAGGACUGGAUCUUACUGCGCUGCGUAUUUCACUUGCUGGAUCUUUGGGUAUACCAUGGCUGGUGUAUUGAGCUUCUUCGUUGCUAUCGUCUGUUUUCCAAGCUGCAGGAGAUGGUUCUUCCCUCCGGUCCCACCCGCUCCGUUCACUCCGAUUUCGGCAACGGACCCUACAAACAAGAAAGGUGACGAGAGUCUGCUUGGAAAUGUAGAUAAGAAGACUGUGCAUCGGAGUAAGGCCGAACAGGCAGAGGAACAAGCGUUUGAGGCUACUUCGAUCUUACAAGCUUACACCACUCGUUUAAUCUUUGACGGUAGCAAGAAGGGCAAGAACGCCGGAAACUCUAACGUUGGCGAGAAGGUGCAUCAUUCAGAUCUCGAAUCCACGUCCGAAGAGGAUGAUUCGGUUGUUGUAAAUCAAGGUGAAGUAGGACAAGACAAGCCUCAAGGCGAAGAAAGUGCCGAUCUUGUCGUCGCUGGUCAAAAAAUUGAUAUCGACUCUAAAGCUGCCGGAAAGAAUUUGAGCGAGAAAGAAAAGAAAAAGCUCGCUGCGAAGGAAGCUAAAAAGAAGAGGGAUGAAUUGGUGGGCAAGAUGACCAAGAGUACUGAGGUCGGUUUGGGUGCAUUAGCCGACUAUAUAGAGAGGCUAACCAACGCUCUUUCCCCACCCGCCCCAUACCCCGACUCGUACGCGAGGUUUAAAAUUGCCGGAGCAUUCCUUGUCCCGCCCAUGUUUUUACUCACAUAUGUCCCGCCGUGGAUCUUCGCAAGAUCAGCGACGUUCAUGUUUGGUGUGGGGAUGUGGGGCCAGCCUGUCCUCAUCUGGGCGGCAAAGAAGGGUAUGGAGCUUAUCCCGGAUUGGGACAAGUUUAUGGAGAUGAUGGAUAUACGAAACUCGAUCUUAUCUGGUGUACCUACGGACGCACAAUUGACUCUUCAUCUUCUUCGAGUAGGAGAAGCUCUUGGAACCCCGUUGCCUAGACCACCUCCUCCGCCUCUCAAAGGUUCACCCAAAGAAGCUAUCAAAGAUACCGCCCCGACCGACAUUACCGCAGAUGACGAAGCCGAGGUUGAAGCUGCUGAGGAAGAGGGUGGUGCCAAAGAAGUGGCUGUCAAAGCCAAGACCAAGACCAAAAGUCACUUUUUGUCUUUAUUCCGUGGAGCCGGUCGAAAGGCUGCUGGGUUUAGAGGUGAUGUGGCAGUGAAUGGAAAGAGGAAGACGAUUGGUAGUACCAUUGAUAAAUUAUUCUUCAGCGGGUUUGCCAAAGACAACGAGCACAUGCACUCAUUCCCGGCCAAACUCGAUGGGACUUCUGGACAUAUCAUCAUUGAGAAUAAGAACGAUAUCCUUCAAGUGCCUCAGAUCAGUUUUGUCCCACUGUCAGGAAAAGGUCCUUCUUUCGUUUGGUCCAUUGAUGAUAUUGUGGAGAUUAAGAAGGCACACGUCACAAUGUCCCGUAUGGCUCUCGGCUGGGCGUCCGGAGCAGAAGUCGAAGGUUUAGGAUUGACCAUUCGAUUCAAAUCCGCCCCUGAUCAAUUGGCCGAGCAUGCGGGGAUGGAUCAGGUGGAAGGUGAGACGAAACAUUUCACAAGGGUAGGAAGGAGGGAACAGUUGUUUGUCAGGUUGGUCAGUAUGGGUAGACAGAGAUGGGAGGUGUUGUAGUAUCUUCCCAUCCUCCACCCGCUGUGGCCACUCUGAUAGCCCGGUCUCGGGUUCCCGUACAAGUGAGUCUUGGAGACUCGAAUAUUUCAAUUAUCUGUAAAAAGUUGUGAAUUGUGAACAAUGAUAUCUUGAGGUGUAGCCAUAGAACACGAUGUAUCGAGUCGUUU